AUGGGCACUACCGGUGCCACGGGUGCCACGGGUAACGCAGGUGCUACCGGUGCUACGGGUGCUUCGGGUGCUACUGGCGCUACUGGUGCCACGGGUGCCACGGGUGCGAUGGGUCCUGCAGGGCCUGGUGACCCCCUACUCUGUUCCGAGGCCUGUGAAGCUGAGCUGGCAGAGGCCUAUAGAUUCUGCGAGGGCAUUUAUGAGGACGAGCCACGUCGCUUCGAGUGUCAGGUCUACGCAUAUGGGGUUUAUACUGCAUGCUUUAAUUUCUGCCAGAGUACUGGAGGCGAGCAAAUCACGAUGCUACCGAAUCCUUCAAGCAGAAUCGGCAGCCUGACACUGAAUACGGGUGAAAAUGGUCUACGAUCUUCACUCGUGAGCGGGGACUAUGCGUAUUUCGGAACUGACACAGCUCCUGGCAAGGUGGUAAAAGUUGAUCUGAGCACCUUUAGUCGUGUCGGCAGCCUGACACUGAAUGCAGGUGAAACUGAUCUACGGUCUUCAGUUGUAAGCGGGGACUAUGCGUAUUUCGGAACAACCACAGCUCCAGGCAAGGUGGUAAGAGUUGAUCUGAGCACCUUCAGUCGUGUCGGCAGCCUGACACUGAAUCCGGAUGAAGAUGAUAUACGAUCUUCAGUUGUGAGCGGGGACUAUGCGUAUUUCGGAACUGCCACAGCUCCUGGCAAGGUGGUGAAAGUUAUUGUCUAGCCCUCAAACUGGGACCCCAGC